UAAGGUUGCAUAAACUUUCAUCUGACUCUUGCGUGAACGAGUUGUAAAAGUUCCGCCUUAGACGUGCAGGGUUCUAACUUGCGGGAUUAGUUUGUAUGCAGCCUGACAGCGGAGGCUGACUGCGGUGGGAUGGGCUGUGAGGUGUUCAAGAUGGCGGCGCCCUGUGGAGUGCAGCUACUCUAACAGAGGUGCCUGGAGACUGUUUUGGUGGGUGGGCCCCAGGAGUCCUCCAGGCAAGCAGGGGCGGACACUGCUAGAAAGACGCUGCCUCCACCUCCAGCACUGCCACCACCAUGGCCAGGGAGCAGCCCAACGUGGGGGAUCUUCUCCCGCUCCUGGAGACCUCCGACCUCCACCAGCUAGAAGAGAUCAGAGGCCUUAUCAACGAGCAGCUCAGCACUGAGCGAGGGUCCAUGCUGCUCAACGCCCUGGUGGACUACUUUUUGGAAACCAACUCCGCCCAGGCCAUGCAUAUCCUCUCGUCUGUCAGAGAGCCACAUGAUAAGCACCUUCUAGACAAGAUGAACGACUGUAUGACCAAACAGGCCUGCCGGCUGCCCACCCUUACUCUUCUUGGCCAUGUAAUCCGCAAGCAGCCGUCCUGGAUCCACAAGAUCGCUCGGUACCCCCUGCUGCUCUCGCUGCUCAAAUGCCUAAAGACGGAUACAGACGUAGUGGUGCUCAUAACUGGAGUCCUGGUUCUGAUCACUCUGCUGCCCAUGAUCCCCCAAGCCGGGAAACAACACCUGUGGGAGUACUUUGACAUCUUUGGCCGCCUGGCGUCCUGGAACCUUAAGAAUCCAGGGCAUGUUUCAGAGGUUUACCUUAUCCACCUACAUGCCAGCGUCUAUUCACUCUUCCACCGCCUCUACGGCAUGUACCCGUGCAACUUCGUGUCCUACCUGCGCUCCCAUUACAGCAUGAAGGAGAACAUGGAAACCUUUGAAGAAGUAGUGAAGCCAAUGCUUGAACACGUUCGUAUACACCCAGAAUUGGUGACCGGAACCAAGGACCACGAGCUUGACCCCACCAGGUGGAAAAAGUAUGAAAUACACGAUAUCGUUAUUGAAUGCGCCAAAGUGUCCCUAGACCCCAAGGAGGCCUCCUGUGAGGAGGGCUACGCCACCAUGCCAGAGAACUUUUACCCCCAAAUCCAUCUGCGAGCACAAGACUGCACUUCCAGCCCCUACACAGACCUCCACAGCAGCUACGGAAGCUCUUCUUCGACCCCGUUCUCGACUCCACGGCAGCCGCUUCCCCCUCCCCUGUCCUUGCCCCCCUUCUCAGGGACACAGUCCUCAUACCGCAGCCCACAGACCUCCAGACGGCAGAACUCCACCUGUGAACUCAACUCUUCCUGUGGGGGGAAGGACCCUCUGUGGAGCCCCUCCUCGUUGUGUGGCAUGGCCACGCCCCCUUCCUCAAGGGGCAUGUCGCCCAACCUGGAGCUCUCCCACAGUGCCUCGCACCUUCCUAGCCGCUUCCAAUGCACAUCAGGAGGGAAAGGAACGCCGGCUUCUAGCACUCCAGCCACUUCUUCCCCGCCUCCCACCCUAUCAGAUGACUUCCCCAUAAUCUCCUUACCAGCCAACACAGUCCAAUCCAGUCCACCGAGAAAAGAUCGUCGUCAAGGAGAAAGCAGUAAGCCCACACUGGUGAGACAGGAACCAGUAAAAGAUACAGAGAAGAAUGCAGAAGUAGCCACAAACAGAGAUGCAGCAGCUGCAGAGAACAUCUCCAUGACUCUGAAUGAGCUGUCGGUUUUCAUGAAGAGACAGGAGCUGGAGCUUCAGCUGAGACCUGAAAAAGAGAGAGAAGAAGCAGCUGCCAUCACCGAGGAGCUGCUGAAGAUCACUGAAGAUAAGCAAGAGCGGUUGGGCCUGAGGGGCUUUGACUCGCCCUUCUACCACACCACUGAGACUCUAACUGGCUGUCAGACACAAGACAAGACCCCUUCCAACACCCAGCCUGGAGGCCACAUCCGGGACACACAUCACACUGUGUCAACACCAGACAAAGCUGAGAACACUGCAAGUAGCAGCGGUGUGGGCAGUGAAAGAGGGGGUGGAGCGGGGGGAGACAGCAGGAGCUCAGCCCUCGGCCUCGAGCAGUCCUGGUCCUUCCAGUCAGGCUUCACCCCCAUCGAUCACCACCUGCACCGAAGCCCCUCCGCCCCAGAUGACGAGGUGGGAAAGUUCGGGAUGUUCUCGCCAAGCCCGUGCAGCAAGACCCCAGCACCAGUACCCUACGAGCCGUUCUUCGACCUUGCCCUGCCGAGGGCGGCCUCGCUCUUUGUUGGACAAAAAACCUCAGAGGCGGUGUACAAGGCAACGAUGGACAGGCUGAUGCAGCGGGAGGAAGGGUUGGAGGAUGGGGAAGAAGAAGGGGUUGUGUCCGCUUCACCACUGGAAGUGCUGGAUCGCCUUGUUCAGCAGGGGAGUGAUACCCACGAUAAAGUUCUCAAGAGAUUACCUUUGCCAAGUAAGUCAGCUGAUUGGACUCACUUUGGAGGUUCGGCUCCACUGGACGAGCUUCACACGCUGCGCAGCCAGCUGCUCCUGCUGCACAACCAGCUGCUGUACGAGCGCUACAAGAGGGAGCAACACGCCGUCCGCAACCGACGCCUCCUCCGACGCAUCAUCAACGCCACUGCGCUGGAGGAGCAGAACAAUGCUAUGAAGGACCAGCUGAACCUGCAGAGCGUGGACAUCACGUCUCUGAGGGAGAGUCUGCAGGUGGAGCAGCAGCGGUAUAGGCAGCUGUGGGACGACCGGGAGACGGUGGUGACCAGGCUGCACAGUCAGAUCAGACAACUGCAGCAGGGCAGAGACGACUACUACACCAAGAACCAGGAGCUCCAGAGCAAGCUGCAGGAGUGUCAGAAAAGGAUGGAUGAGCUGGAGGCAGAGCUUCAGAGGGCCAACAACAAAGUGUGCCACACCGGUCACCUCCUCAAUCAGAUGACCAUCAAGCUGAGCAACAGCGAGAGCACCCAGCAGCAGAUGAGCUUCCUGAACAAGCAGCUGCUGCUCCUCGGGGAGGCACAUAAGCUGUCCAUGCAGGAAUUACAGCACGCAGGCGCCGAUACCACAAAGGAGGCCCACAUGCUCCAGACGUCCUCCGCGAAGGAGGUGGAGGCGCUGAAGCAGAGUCUGCUGGUUCAGGGUCAGAAACUGGAGGCAGCGCAGCAGAGAGUCGCCGAGCUGGAGACACACCUGUCCAAGAAGGAACACCUCAUCGCAGAGCAAAAGAAGUUUCUCGAAGAUGUAAAGUGUCAAGCAAAGGCUGAGCUGCAGGCCUCGGACAGCAGGUAUCAGGCUCAGAGGAGAAUCACUCAGUUGCUGCAGACCGAACUGCUGCAGCUGUACAGCAGGGUGGAGAUGGAGGCUCCAACCAGCACCGCUGCCAGCUCACCAUCAGGGGGCAGAGCUGACCAACACACUCCUGCUGACUCCAGCAUCAUAGUGCCCGAUGGACCAAGUAAAGUUCACACCACCGAGGAGACGGACAACAGACCAACACACGACUCCCCUCGCGGCAACGGCAGCACUUUAUCGCCAGGUCAACAAAAGGCGACCAAUUCUUCCAAGUUAACAGGCAACUCCAUCAACGGCAGCCAGGACUUGGCCCCGCCCCUGCUGGUGGAGCCCUCCCUGUCCUGCCCCCACAGCAACCCACUCGGGCUCCUCCCCUCCUCUGAUGCGCCGCUCACCGUGGGCUCCUACCCCAGCGCCAAAAGCUUCCUGGGCAUGAGGGCGCGGGAGCUGUUCCGCAACAAGAGUGAGAGCCAGUGCGAUGAGGAGCCGCCGCCGCCCCGCCUGGCCGGCCUAGCCCACGGCCUGAAGACUGAGCUUUGCGUGGAGCCGCCCUGCCCGGGUUACAUCGCACCCGUCGGCCCUCCACCCUCCCCUAUUCCGACACCGCCGCCCCCAGCAGCCCCCGUCCCCGCGACUCCCCUCACUGUGCCCACCAAGGAGCACCCCCCUGAGCCCAAGCAGCGGGUCUCCAGCCAGGAAAGUCCCCGCAGAAAAGCAGGGGCGGGGCCAGGUGGGGGCAGGGCUCAGGGGGGCCCUGGUCGCCCCCGGCAGCAGCAGCUAAAGAUCAUGGACUAUAAUGAAACACAUCACGAGCACAGUUAGGGACACGGAACUGAGUGGAGACGGAGGGCAGACGAGAAGGAGACGAGAAGAAGGAAUCGAUGGAGAAGAGCUACAAAUCAGCAAAAGAGUAACAUGUCAGCAACUCUUUGGAAUUCAGUGUUAUUUGUUCCAUUCCCCUUAUGUCCUCUAAGUGGACAACAGGAUUCGCCACAAUGUUUUUGUUUGUUUGUUUUUUUACUUAUUUUUUCUUCAUUGCCCUGAAGAAUAAAUGACAGUCUGUCAAAUGCAAAUAUGAAGUCUUACCAGUGAACAUGCUAGACUUAUGAAUUUAAGGAAGAACAAUACGCAGACGGGAUGCCAUCAUGUUAUCAAUAAAAUAUGUUUGGGUCCCAUGUUUAAAGGGUCAAUUUGCCCAUAAGUGCACAUUUCCUUACUUAGGUCCAACCCUGGUUGUAUCAGUGCAACUUUGAGACACAUCUCUGACACAAUUGAGGUGAAUAGAAGCGCAUUUGUGGUGUCUGUAUUUUCGGAUAAUCUCAUUUUCACCGGCACUACUUUCUACUGUAAAUCAGUAAAGAUUGGGGAUUAUCCAGGAGUAUUAAUACAUGAAUGAUGACUGUUGGCUGUUUAAGGUUUUAGAUCAUGUGAGCACCACAUGCUCCCUUUCACUCCCAUUGUUGUUGUUAGUUGGAUGUCUAAUAAGGGCACGAGUGACAACGAUUUGCAAUUUGGGUGAACUCUCCUGACUAAUCGUUUUCCACUUUAAAAGCCUAAUAUUAUUAAAUGAGAUGCAAGUCUCCAGUUGAACAUGAUAUGUUACAUUUUUCAAGAUUACCUGAUCAACUGACUUUGUUAUUGACUUGGGUUCAGAGUGUUAGAGGAGAUACUUUGGAGUGUUUUGUCGCCAGCCUGAAAUGGAAGAUUUCCAAAGACGCCUUCAUUGAGUUUUUGUCCAGAAUAAGGGAGAGAGGAUGUGUUUGGGUCGUGAAUGUGGAAGGACGUACGUGAUGAGGUCAUGUUGAUUUGAACGAAGAUGCAGUUAAGAAAGUAAAUUAAUUCAGAAACUGAUAAAAUUUCAGUCUUUUCUUUUUUCUUUUCUUUCUUUCUUUUUUUAAGAUUUGACAUUCCCUUUAUAUUUAUUUGAAUUUCUUUGUUUCUUCUGUCCUAAUUGGCAUUUGCUGACACAUGAUGAAUUUGAACCAGACCUGGCACAAGCUGAAGGAAUGCUUAUUUUCUGCUCAAGAUAACCAGCUGAUUAUUUUGUGCCAUACAAACAUUUGUGUUCUCACUGAAUUCUGUCAUCUCUAAACAGCAUUGUUGUUUCUGUACAUUCGGCUGUUUUGUACAGUGCGGGAAACCAAACACAUCUCGUCCAGCGGGUUUUCCUUUCGGCAGGUCUGACAAACACGGAGUUACCACAUUUUCUUCCAAGUAUUAGAAACAAACUCUGCUCCCGAAAGUCCUCUAAAUCCUGUUGUCCACUGGGAACUCCUGCUGUCAUUUUCUUCUGCCUCGCUUAUCUAAAGCAUGUUCAACAAUCCACUUUAAAUGCCAACCGUAGUAACUACAGCAAACCAAGACAGGAGGUACAAUCAGCACAAACUGAAGAAACCAGGACUCUGACCGGAGCUGGAGAAUCUGGGACAAUAUGGCAAAAAAGGAAGUUCUUAAAGCAGUGGCUUGUGUUUAACUGUGAACAAUAAAGAUCGUCUUCAAUGUUUUGCACUACA